AUGCCGCCUCUUACAAUCUUCCUUCUCGCCAUCAUUGUCACAUUUGUUUAUUGUGACAAGAAUGAAAUACGGUUGGAACAAGAUCUAAUGAGAAACUACAGCAAAAACAUUCGACCAUCCAAGAACCACAGGGAUCGUUUAGACGUACUUCUGACAAAUUGGACAGAUGUGAAUCUUAGCUGGGAUCCUAAUGAAUAUGAUGACCUAAAACUUAUCCAUCUUCAUUAUGAUCAAAUCUGGAAGCCGGAUAUCAUUCUAUAUAACUCGAUUGAUUCAAGCACGGGAUCUUCAAGCAGUACAAAUAUUCCCAUAAAUUCGAAGGGACAAGCAUUGUGGUGGUCACGAUGGAUAUUUAAAAGCACGUGUGUUAUGGAUAUACAAUAUUUUCCUUUCGAUGUGCAAGAAUGUUUCCUUGAUUUUGGAUCUUGGUCAUUUGACAACAGUGACAUUAAUGUUAUUCCGGACAACCUUGAUGCCGAUCUUGAUGAUUAUCACCCAAAUUCAGAGUUUGAUCUUGUGAAAUACACAAUUAAUAACUACACAUUGCUUUAUGCUGAAUGGACUCAUCCGUUCCUUUACAUUAGAUACACGAUAGUUUUGAAGCGUAAACCGCUUUUUUAUUUGUAUAAUAUCUUGAUGCCGACAAUUUUACUUAUAAUCAUAUCACUUAUUGGAUUUUUCGUCCAUGGAUCUGAGGAGAAAAUAUCCAUUGGAUUAACAACAUUGUUGUCUAUGGUUGUUUUACAAAUGGUUGUGGCUGAUAGUCUCCCUCCAGUAUCAGAUGCAAUCCCUCUCAUAAGUUUAUAUUAUGGAAUAUCAACCUUGCUUAUUUCCCUUUCCAUAAGUAUCAAUGCAGUAACUAUGAACGUCUAUCACUAUGGUGACAGUGGCCGUGAAGUUCCAGCCAUUCUUAAAAGAAUCUGCUUUGGAAUCCUGUCAGGAUUUCUCUGUAUUUCUAUCUCUGUAAAAGAAAACACAAAGCAAAGGGAUCCAGAUGUCCAGCAAGGACAUGACUACAGGACAGAAGGAACAGACGAACGUUCUCUCAGGCACCGUUUCAACGAAACACACGAACACGGUGCAGAACGAACCUCACCUGAUAGAAUAAAAGACCUUGUCUUACUUGAAGAAAUGCUGCAGUUGGUUCUGAGAAGUAUCAACCAGGAAAAUGACAAGCGUAUGCAGGAGGAACGGCGUUCGGAUUCCCUGAAACGUGAAUGGCAAGAACUAGCCUGCGUCUUAGAUAGACUGUUUCUAGUCAUUUUCCUAAUAAUUUAUGCUUGUUUGACAAUGUCGUUAUUUAUUUCACAUCAAAAUUGA